AUGGCCUACCUACUGCUGUACGUCGACGACAUCAUCCUGACGGCCUCCACUGCUGGGCUUCUUCGACAGCUCACCGACAGUCUUCGCGCUGAGUUCGCGCUGAAGGACCUUGGCCCGCUCCACUACUUCCUCGGCAUCGAGGUUGUCCGGCGUGUGGACGGGUUCUUCCUUCAUCAGCGGAAGUACACCCACGAGCUUCUCGAGCGUGCAGGGAUGCUUAACUGCAACCCUGCACUUACUCCUGUCGACACGAAGGCCAAGCUCUCCGCCGGUGAUGGGUCGCCGGCGUCCGACGCGCUGUUCUACCGCUCCAUCAUCGGUGCUCUCCGGUACUUGACGUUGACGCGCCGGAGCUCUAGUACGAUGUGCAGCAGGUGUGCUUGCAUAUGCAUGCUCCUCGGGAUGCUCAUUGGGCUGCGGUGA